AUGCCUCCUAAAUCAUCCUCAAGAGCGUGGGAUGCGCUUACCCCGCCGCUCUCAGAAUGGACCCUUGACGCUGUGGGCGCAAUGGGCUUCACGCGCAUGACCCCAGUCCAAGCCUCGGCCAUCCCUCUGUUUAUGCAGCAUAAAGAUGUGGUAGUGGAAGCGGUCACUGGAAGUGGAAAGACAAUGUCAUUCUUGAUCCCAAUUGUUGAGAAGCUGCUUCGUCUUGAUCAACCUCUCAAGAAACAUCAUGUUGGCGCGAUUGUCAUUUCCCCGACAAGAGAAUUAGCUUCUCAGAUUCACCAAGUCCUCCUCUCGCUAUUGGAAUUCCACCCUGCGUCGGCCACAGCCAUCAAGCCCGCCGAAGAUGAUGCGCCUCGUGUGAAAACCUCCUCCUCGACAUUGAAGGUCGUCCCGCAGCUGCUCCUGGGUGGUGGAACAACUCCGGCGGAAGAUCUGAAAGCAUUCCUUAAGAACUCGCCCAAUGUGUUGGUUGGUACACCCGGAAGAUUGUUGGAGCUGCUCUCGUCGCCUCACGUGCACUGCCCCCAAGCAUCAUUCGAAAUGCUUGUCCUGGACGAGGCCGACAGACUUCUGGAUCUUGGAUUCAAAGAUGACCUGCAGAAGAUUUUGCGCCGCUUGCCCAAGCAACGCAGAACAGGAUUGUUCAGUGCCAGCAUCAGUGAGGCUGUUGAUCAGAUCGUCCGCCUGGGUCUACGAAACCCCGUAAAAAUUGCCGUCAAGGUCAAAGGAGGAGCUGGUGUUGAAGAAAAGCGCACUCCAGCAAGUCUGCAAAUGACCUAUAUGACAACACCCCCGCUUCACAAAUAUGCCAUUCUGAAGCACAUCCUUUCCUCAGUUCAACCCACGCCUCAAAAAACCAUCUUCUUCGUGUCGACAUGUUCCAGUGUCGACUAUCUCGCCACAAUCCUACCCAUCAUCCUAGGCGAUAGCUUCCUGUUGGUGCCACUACACGGGAAACACCAAGCCAACGUCCGCCAAAAGAACUUCACCCGCUUCACAACCUCCACAACCCCCUCCAUCCUCCUCACCACCGAUGUCGCCGCUCGCGGUCUGGACAUUCCCACCGUCGACCUCGUGGUCCAGAUCGACCCACCAUCCGACCCCAAAACCUUCAUUCACAGAUGUGGUCGUGCAGGCCGUGCCGGCCGACGAGGCCUCAGCAUCGUUCUCAUCCACCCCGGCCGCGAGGAAGACUACGUGUCCUUCCUUGAAAUUCGCAAAACCCCCGUCGCACCAUUCAAUCUGCCCGAAUUUACCGACGAACAGGCCGUGGCCUCUAUAGACAAAGUGCGCAAAGCCGUGCUGAAAGACCGCGCUAUGCACGACAAGGGCCAGAAGGCAUUUGUCAGCUGGCUGCGCAGCUACAGCAAGCACCAAGCUAGCAGUAUCUUCCGAGUCGCAGAUCUGGACUGGGAAGCUCUCGGCAAGGCAUGGGGACUUCUCAAGCUGCCGAAGAUGCCCGAAUUGCGUUCCUUUGAGGGAGACCGAACUCUCGGUAUCACACUUGAUUGGACCAAUUACACGUACAAGGACAAGCAGCAAGAGAAGCGCCGCAAGGAGGCUAUGGAGGAGGCUGCCAACGGGCAGGGCGCUGACAAGGGAACCAACAAGCGCCGGGCUACUGAGAGUGUGGCAUGGAGUCAAAAGACCGAAGAUCGGGAACAGAGGCUCAAGAAGAAGGAGUUCAAGAAGGCGCGGAAGGAUAAGGAGAAAUGGGAGCUGUUGCCGGAAGAUCAGAAGCAGAGGGCUCUUGAAACCGAGCGCAUGCUGGAGGAGGUUCGGGCCAAGAAUGAGCAGCAGCGGUUGUUGAACCAGGCAGCCAAGGCAGCGGAGGCAGGUGGUGAUGGUGAAUUCAAGGGCUUCGACUAG